AAAUCCCAUUUUUAUUCGAAAAUAAUAAUUCCGGCGAGAAUGGCAACGGCAGAUUCAACGGCGAAGCUUUUCUCCGACCCCAACAUCAACGCCGGUGAUUGGCCUCCUAAUCUUGUUAAGAAUCUCCAUCUCCUUUCUCCGGAUGAGAUUGAAUUGGGGAAGAUGUUGUUGCAGAUGGGACAGAGUCAUUUGUUUCAGCAUUGGGCAGAUCCUGGCGCCGAUGACGACCAAAAGAAGGCUUUCUUCUCUCAGGUAGAAAAGCUAAAUUCAAGCUAUCCUGGUGGUUUGGCAUCAUAUAUUAAAACCGCUAGGGAGCUCCUAGCUGACUCGAAAGCUGGAAAGAACCCAUAUGAUGGCUUCACACCUUCUGUCCCAACUGGAGAAGUUCUCUCUCUUGGUGAUGAUAGUUUCAUCAAAUUUGAGGAGGCCGGUGUCAAAGAAGCCAAAAAUUCGGCAUUUGUUCUUGUUGCGGGUGGGCUUGGUGAACGCCUUGGUUACAACAGAAUUAAGGUGGCACUUCCUGCAGAGACCACAACUGGAACAUGUUUCUUACAACUGUACAUCGAGUCUAUUAUGGCUCUUCAGGAAACUAGCAAUCGGCUCACACAAGGUACAUGUCAAAAAGAGAUUCCUUUUGUUAUCAUGACAUCAGAUGACACACACGGCCGUACGUUGGACCUUUUAGAAUCAAAUUCUUAUUUUGGGAUGAAAUCUGCACAAGUUAAACUUCUUAAGCAGGAAAAAGUUGCAUGCUUAGAUGAUAAUGAUGCUAGCCUUGCUUUGGACCCUCAUAACAAAUACAAAAUUCAGACAAAACCUCAUGGCCAUGGUGAUGUACACUCACUCCUUUUUUCCAGCGGGCUUCUGAAAGUAUGGCAUGAUUCCGGUUUGAGAUGGGUUAUCUUUUUCCAAGAUACUAAUGGACUUCUGUUCAAGGCAAUUCCAGCAUCUCUGGGUGUCAGUGCAACUAAAGAGUACCAUGUCAACUCUCUUGCUGUUCCACGGAAAGCAAAAGAAGUCAUUGGAGGAAUCACUAAACUCACUCAUAGUGAUGGGAGAUCGAUGGUGAUCAAUGUGGAAUACAAUCAGCUUGAUCCUCUGCUUAGAGCCACUGGACAUCCUGAUGGAGAUGUUAAUUGUGAGACCGGUUAUUCUCCUUUUCCAGGAAAUAUAAACCAAUUGAUUUUGGAGCUUGGUCCAUAUAUCGAGGAGCUCACCAAAACAGGAGGUGCUAUUAAGGAAUUUGUGAACCCCAAGUAUAAAGAUGCUAGCAAAACAUCAUUUAAGUCCUCAACUCGACUAGAGUGUAUGAUGCAAGACUAUCCUAAAACAUUGCCUCCAUCAGCAAGAGUUGGAUUCACGGUGAUGGAUACAUGGCUUGCUUAUGCACCGGUGAAAAAUAACCCUGAGGAAGCUGCUAAGGUUCCAAAAGGGAACCCAUAUCACAGUGCAACUUCCGGUGAAAUGGCCAUAUAUCGUGCGAACAGUCUCAUCCUUAAGAAGGCGGGUGUCCAAGUGGAGGAUCCAGUGCAACAGGUUUUCAACGGGCAAGAGGUGGAAGUGUGGCCGCGUGUUACUUGGAAGCCUAAAUGGGGGAUGACUUUUGCUGAGAUCAAAAGCAAAGUUAGUGGAAGUUGCUCUAUUUCUCAAAGGUCUACCAUGGCCCUUAAGGGCCGUGAUAUCUUUCUUGAAGAUCUACACAUGGACGGAGCUCUUAUCAUCAAUUCUGUUGAUGGUGCAGAGGUGAAAGUUGGAGGACCGAUACAGAACAAGGGAUGGCUCAUUGAGAGAAUAGACUACAAAGAUGCUGGUUUCCCGGAGGAACUGAGGAUCCGAGGUUUCAGAAUCGACAAGAAGGAGCAAUUGGAGGAAACCUACAGUCAACCUGGCAAGUUCAUCUUAAAACCGUGAAUUUGAUUAUU